AUGGAGCGCGUUUGCUGCACUCACUUUUUUCCAUUGAAAAAAAACUUUUUCUUUAUUUUUUCGUGUUUUUUGGUCGCCACGAAUUUUUCCUGCGCUAAUACGAAGCUAAACUUCAUAAUAGAAGAGAUUUGGAAGACAGAGAUAUAUAAAACAUCUUAUUUCGAGUCGAAAUUCAAGGAGAACAUUCGAGCGGAAAAGUGAGUGUUUUUUCAACUUUUUUGAUUUCAAAUUUUUGAGCAAGAAAAAUAGUUUUACAGGUUAUGGGACAUAUACAGAAGCACAAGUUGAGAAGGAGAAGUGUUCAACGAUCAAAAAACUCCGAAUUACAGCUUUUUGCGUUGUCUCAAAAGAUGGAAUUUUCAUACUGAAAUCGAUGCUUCCACCAAUACUGAACUUCCAAUAUCGAAAUAGUUGA